AUGUCUGACACUGAAGAUUCCGUUUUGGAAGGAGAGGAAGAAAAAGUAGGAUUCUGCCCUCGUGAGCAUGUAGUCCAUCUUUCUCUGCAGGUACAACUAAGAAAUUUGACUCAAGAAACCAUAAUUAAGGGGCUCUCAUUACUCUGCCGAACGGGAAAUGGACUAGCUCAUGCCUUUGUGAAAGCAGACCUGAAAAACAAAGGCCUGAGCGACAUAUCUGCAAUCAGCAGUUAUGUACAUCUACGGUUUGUGGACGUGUCCAAUAACCACCUUUGCGAUCUUUCUCCUCUGGCGUCACUGACUCAUUUGCUUUGGGUGAAGGUUGACAAUAAUGCUGUUACAAGUUUGAAACUGAAACCAUUGGGACAGUUGACCUACCUACAGUGGAUGAGUAUGGCUGAGAAUCAGCUAACAGACCUAGAAGGCCUGGUUGGACCUGCCUUAGAGAACCUUAAUGUUUCAGGUAAUAGUAUUCAGAGAGUGGAUGGACUUCGCACAGGUUGCUUUGACAACCUUGUAACUCUGGAGUUAAGAGGAAACCAACUGGAUACCACUGAUGGGAUCUACCUUCCCAAUCUGCGGCGAUUAUAUCUGGCCCAAAAUCUCAUCAAACGUCUAGAAGGUCUGGAGAGGCUCCAGCAUCUAACCACCCUUCACCUACGAGACAACCAACUGGUAUCUUUGGAUGGUCUCAGCUCCAACAUGAAGUGUAUGCAAUAUCUCAAUGUCAGAGGAAACACAAUCUCAAAUCAGGAUGCCUUGCGAUGCCUUGCAUCUGUGUCUAGAUCUUUGCAAGUUUUGGUCCUUUCUGAGAAUCCAGUUGAGGAAAUGGCAGACUACCGUCUGUGUGUACUGGUUUAUGUUCCCCAACUGGAACGACUUGACAAAGAUCUCAUCUCUGAUGAAGAGAGAACUGAAGCUAAAGAGAUAGCAGAGGAACUGAAAUAGCUGGAAAGAGCUAUACAGCCAUAAAGACGUAUGAUGACGAAAACGAGGAAAUGUCUACUUCUUUGAAAAGAUGGGAUUGGUAUGGAUUAGUGACUAUAAAAAAAAUAACCUUAUACAUCCUUUUGCACAAUUCAUACCUCAAUCAAAAUGGUAUGCACAGAGAUUGCCCUGAUUUUACAGCAACUACAAUAUUUAAUUUGACUCAGACCAAUAAAUCUCUUAAUGCUCA